CACCGGCAGGAACAGCGCCCGAGGAAGUGUUGAGGGAGGAAGCCCCGACAGGGACAGAGCCCGAGGAGACUGCAGAGACAGUCCCGGCAGGGGUAGAGCCCGAGGAGGCUGCAGAGACAGUUCCGACAGGGACAGAGCCCGAGGAAGUGUUGAGGGAGGAAGCCCCGACAGGGACAGAGCCCGAGGAGACUGCAGAGACAGUCCCGGCAGGGGUAGAGCCCGAGGAGGCUGCAGAGACAGUUCCGACAGGGACAGAGCCCGAGGAAGUGUUGAGGGAGGAAGCCCCGACAGGGACAGACCCUGAAGAGGCACAGGUGACAGCACCAGCACCGUCGGGGACAGUCCCCGAGGAUGCUGUGCGGGAGGCAGCCCCGGCGGGGACAGAGCCCGAGGAGGCGCUAGGGCAGGUGGUCCCGGAGGGGACAGGGCCCGAGGAGGAGCUAGGGCAGGUGGUCCCAGAGGGGACGGAGCCUGAGAAGGUGUCGGGGACAGUCCCCGAGGAUGGGGUGCAGGAGGCAGCCCCGGCGGGGACCGAGCCCGAGGGGCUAAGGCAAGCGGUCCCAGAGAGGACAGAGCCCGAGGAUGCGGUGCAGGAGGCAGUCCCGGCUGGGGAAGCCCCUGAGGAGGCUGCGGGAACAGAGCCCGAGGAAGCUGCGGCGACAGCCCCGACGGUGUCAGAGCCCAAAGAUGCUGAGCAGGAUGCAGUCUCGGCAGUGACAGGCCCCGAGGAUGCUGUGCAGGAU